CGCAGGCUGCAUGUACAACAUGUCACAGGAUUCAUUUUUAUGACGCUAUCUGCUGCUCAAUUUUCUCUUUCCUAGGCGGCGAACAAAGCUUGAGUUUUAGGGAUGACGACAUUGCGGUUUCUGUCACAUCCUAUAUCACUUGCUAAACCGUUCCUUGCUUCCACUCUCACUCCGAGCUGCAAUUUCUUGUUUCGGCAAAAUACUUCGCAAUGUUCUUCUCCGUUUUUCUGGAGAUGCCAAAAAUAUUCUGACGGUAGUACAUCAUCAUCAUCAUCAUCAUCAAUCAACGUUUUUACUGAUACCGUUCCCAAUUCUUCUGGUGUAGAUGAUGUACUAAAGGGUUAUUUGUUUGGCCAGAAAAAGGCAACUGAAGUUGCUCAUCUGGUAUGGGAGCUUGUGGUUCAAAAGGGUGAUACAGUUGUUGAUGCUACUUGUGGUAAUGGCAAUGAUACCUUAGCAUUGUCCAAAUUGGUCAUAGAUGAUUUGGCAGAGGGGUGCAUAUAUGCGUUGGAUGCUCAGGAAGAUGCCAUAAAAAAUACUUCGUCCUUACUUGACCUGUCGCUUGAUCCAAACCAGAGAAAGUCUGUCAAGAUUUUUCAAAUAUGUCACAGUAGAAUGGAGGAAGUGCUUCCUAAGAAUAGAUCUGUGAGGCUGGUUGCAUUCAAUUUGGGCUACCUUCCAGGAGGUGACAAGAGAAUAAUCACAAGUUCAGCUUCAACUCUGCUAGCACUUGAGGCAGCAAAGGAUUUGUUACUUCCUGGAGGAUUAAUCAGUGUUGUUGCUUAUGUUGGCCACCCUGGUGGAAGGGAAGAAUAUGAAAUUGUCCGAGCUUUUGCUUCUGGGUUACCGGUCGAAAGAUGGGUAUGCAGCCACAUUCAGAUGUUAAACAAACCACUUGCACCAGCUCUUAUUUUUUUGUUCAAGAGAUGAAAUCAAUCUAUGUCAAAAACCCAUUUAAUGAACCUGGUCUAAAACACGGAUGACUGCAUCAUAAAAUUUGAUGUCUUUUACUCAUUUAUUGUUGUGCUUGUAUUCUAUGUUAUUAUAAUGGCCUCUGUUUGGGCUACUUGAUCGGCAAGUAAACUCCUAUCUUUCAAAUUGCUCUUCAAUGGA